AGACAAGAGUUGUUGGGGGUGUAAUUGAUUGGAAAGAAACAAGAACCCAGUGUUAUCAAACUCUUUUGUUCCCUUGAGGUUUCUCUUCUCUGUUCUUCUCUUAAUUUGUUCACAAGAAUCACAACACUUUCCAUCACUCAUGGCUUCUGCAACUGUGUCCGCCCUUGCUGGAUCUCUUCUUUCACCCUUGCGUGAAGUCAGUUUGGAGAAACUGAUCGGUUAUCUAUGGGAUUAUCUGUCAUCAUCACCAUCACCAUCUUCCCCUGAUGAAGCAGAGAAGCAACAGCAACUGAAGGAUUCACUGGAAGCCUUGGAAGAUGCCAAGUUGACUGUCAGGUUGAUGCAGAGUAGAAUCAUGAAAUUGUUUCAAAAACAUAAGAAAAACGAGAGGAUUGUAAGUUUGCACAACAAGCUCAAAGAUGUUGGUUAUGACAUACAAGACUUGGAAUCAGAGAUGAACUACAUGGAGCUGGAGAGAAAGGUGCAGGAGAUCAACAAGGCUGAAGAAGAAGAAGAAGGUGACAGUAGUACUAGUAGUCAAUUCAGUACUGGAAAACGCUCGUUUCCAUUUCGCUUGCCAACUGUUUUCUUAUCUAAGAAAAAACGUCGCCUUCCAGCAUCAUCACAAUCCUUAAGUUUGUCAACAGAUGAAGACAUUGUGAGACAGGUUACUAGUAUUCUAAAACAAAUAAAAAGCAUUAAAUCAAAGUUGAAGGAUGAAAGCGAGUUGGAAGAUUUGUUUGACCAGCUCAUAAUGAAUGAAGUUUAUAAUCCACGGGAACAACAUGAUUUCACACAAAACGAACUUGUCACCACGUCAUCAACAAAUGAAAGGAAGAUAUGUGGUCGAAAUGAUGAAAUACAACAGUUGAUCAAGUUUCUCACAGAGCCAAAUGUCAACAAUGGUAGUAAUGUUUCUGUUGUUCCAAUAGUUGGAAUGGGUGGUAUCGGCAAAACUACUUUGGCUCAAUUUGUCUUCCACAACAGAGAAAUCAAAAAUCAUUUCGAUGAGAAAGCGUGGAUAUAUGUAUCAAAUCACUUUGAUAGAUGCAGAAUCACCAAAGAAAUGCUACAGGUCAUCAACCCGAAUGUUCAACGUUGCAUCACCUCCAAUUUGGAUUUUCUUGAGAGAGAACUCCAAAGGCAUUUGACAGGGAAAAAUUUUUUAUUGGUGCUGGAUGAUAUUUGGUCUAAUGAGUGGCAAUGGCUCCUUGUCCCUCUCCAAUCUUCACAAGCACAUGUCAUUAAAAUCAUUGUGACUUGUAGGGAUCCUAUGGUGUUAAGAAGCACAGAUGAAAGAAAUAAAAUUAUUUUGAAAGAUAUAGAUCAUCAAGAGUACUGGUCACUUUUUUUGAAUCAUGCCUUUGCCGAAAACAAUCCUGACAAUUAUUCACAGAAACUGCAUGAUAUAGGAAGAUGCAUAGUGAAAAAGCUGAUGGGGUCACCAUUAGCAGCAAAGACAGUGGGAAAGCUUCUAGGGCGUGAUCUAACUGAGAAGCAUUGGAAUGAUGUAUUGGAAAAUGAUUUGUGGAAAUUACAAAUCGAUGCACAUGACAUUAUGCCUGCACUUGCAUUGAGUUACUAUCAUCUAUCUCCGCAUCUUCAGCCAUGCUUUGUUUUUUGUUCCUUGAUGCAUAAUCUUAAUGAUCAGUACUGUGAAAUGGACGAAUUGAUUUUCAUGUGGAUAGCCAAUGGGUAUAUACAUGAAAGCGGAAGUAAUUCAAAGACAAUGUAUGAUAUAGGAGAAGAGUAUUGUCAUGAACUGCUGGCAAUGGGUUUCUUUGAUAAGGCUGAUUCUACAACGGGUUUCUCAACGGGUUUCUAUGAAAGCCCUGAUAUCAGACAGGGUUUCUUUGACAGGGGUGAUUCUACAAAGGUCAAAAUGCAUGACUUAAUGCAUGAUUUGGCCCAACUAGUUUCUCAUGGGGAGAUUUGUAUUUAUAAGAAUGGGAAAGAUGAAAAACUCUUGAAAAAUGCCCGUCAUGUAUAUGUAGAAGGCUCAGUUGAUCCUGGGUUGGCAUGUGAAGUUAAUAACUUGCGCACACUUGUGUUAGGGAGAGUUGAUGCCAUGUUGGCCCUUUUCAACCAUGGGGUAUUCAAAAGAAUCCGAGUGUUAGUAAUAUUUGAUGGUACUAUGAAAGAAUUGCCCGAGGUUAUUUAUCAUCUAAAACAUUUGCAAUAUUUGGAUUUGCUGGAAACAAGCAUAAAAUCAAUAUCGGAAUCAGUGUGUGGACUUUAUCAGUUGAGAGUGUUAAAAUUACCGUGGGAUCUACUAACCGUACCAAAUCAAAUACAUAGCCUCAUAAAUCUUGAAAUAUUGCACACAGGUAGUAGAAAAAAUGGCUUGAUGUGCAUGCAAUUGAGGAAUUUGAAUAAACUAAGAGGAUGGCUUUCAAUUGUAGCCUUGGAGAUUAUCCGCAAUAAGAAAGAAGCAACAAAAGCCAGAUUGAAUGAAAGACGUCAUAUCAAGGGGUUGGAACUAUGUUGGAAUAUUGAUAAGGUGGAACAUUGCAAGCAUGAUGUCUAAGAAGUACUUGAAGGCCUUCAACCUCAUCCUAAUUUAGAAAGAUUAUUUAUUGAAGCGUACAUGGGUUCCAAAACGCCCAGCUGGCUCAUGACACUUGCAUUACAGAAACUACAAAAAUUAUAUUUAUUUAAAUGCAGAAACUGGGCAUGCCUACCUGCAACACUUGGGUUGUUAGCCUCCCUCAAGGUACUACAUUUAGAAGACAUUGGGAACAUAACAAUUGAGUGUGAUGAUUCCGUGCCAGAGAUGUUUCCAUCCCUGGAGCAGCUUGAAUUGUACAGUGCAACAGUAUCAUUUAAGAGCAUGUCAUCAUCAUCAUCUAGAUCUCUAACAACAACAGGGCGUAGCAACUUGUUUCCUCGUCUCCAGGGGCUCACUGUAGACAAAUGUGAUGAGGUGAAUGGGUUACUCUUGCCCAAGCUUUCAACACUUGAGAAGCUCUGUUUAAUAGAUAGUUGUGGGCUCCAAAGUCAAGUGCCAAGAUGCCUCCAAAACUUGACCUCGCUUACUUCAAUUUAUUUAUGUUUUAUAAAAGGGUUAAAGACUGAAACCACUACCCAAAUUGGGGCACAACAGCAACAUGAAGGUCGGGUCCUACCAAAUCUGAAAUCUAUUCAUAUACAAUGUUGUGAAGAUAAGUCAUUUAUGCGGGAUUUGUUGCUUCGUGUUCCUCAAAUGGAGAGAUUGGGUCUUUUCGAAUGUAGUCCAGUAAGUCUUCUGGCAUUUGGACGCUUGUCCUUCCUUAAAUCGAUUGAAUUAAAAGAGGUGGAGCUAAUAUUAGAGGAUUUAGCUCCCGUGUUUCCAUCUCUACAAGCACUGCAAGUAUUGAAGAAAUCAACAAUUAUUUUCUAGAACGUGCCAUCAUCGGGAACAACACAAAUUCGCAACUGCUUUCGCCGUCUUAAAGUCCUCAAAAUUGAGGAGUGUGAUGAACUAGUGAAUGGAUUACAUUGGCCCAUAUCUUCCCAAUUGCCCCAAUGUCUCUAUGGCCUCUCUUCUCUUACUAGAUUGCAUUUGAGUAAAAUAAAGAUUACAAAUUUUCCUACAGAGGUGAUGGCCACACUGCAUACACUAUAUGUAUUACAUCUUAAAGAUUGUAAUGAGCUUUCAUCAGUGGAGGGUUUACAAGCCCUCUCCUCCUUGGAAUAUUUGUAUAUUUUUAACUGCCCCAAAUUCAAAUCAUGGUGUAUGGAGGAGAUGCAAAAGUUGGACACCAUAGAUAUUCAUUAUUGCCCAGAUCUGGCUUCUCUGCCUACUUGGUUGCAUCGUCUUCCUUCACUGAAGCACUUGAGAAUUUACAAAUGCCCAAAGUUUGAUUCACUACCGGAGGGUGGCCUCCCUUCCUCACUUAAAGAAUUGAAAAUCAUAAAAUGUGACUCAGGCUUAAUGGAAUGGUGUCAACAAGAGUAGUCUCCACAAUGGCUAAUGAUUCAGCAUAUCCCUCAACGACAAUAUAUGGUUCCUGAAUUUAUCUAAGCGACUUUGUUUAAUAUUAGAGCAAGGGCUAGCAAAAAUUCCAAGUUUUCUACAAGUGCUCAGCACCUGGCUUUCAUUAACUUGCUACUCAGACUUGAGUUAAUAGCAUUAGUUAUCUAUCACUCUUGAGAGAUUGGAGGCAAAUGUUAUUUUACAGCACUCAGUUGGAGCAUUCAAGAUUUUAUAAUGCACAUCUGAGAAGAAACAUGGAUGAACUUUUCAUGAUUGUUGUAUUAUAAGUAUCGAUUCGCUCUUUGUAAAUGUUAAUUCUGCUGCUAAACAAACUAAAGGUGUUGAUUGCAUUAUAAUGAACCUUGAUUUCACCAAACUAAAGGUAGUUGUUCAGAGCAGAACAAAAAGGAGUUUGAUUUGUUUUGUACUA